GACCCCGAAAAGGGAUUAAUUUCAUCCACCAACGUCCUACCACAGACGGGAAAUGCUGGCGAGUUCAGGCAAAAACUCCCCGCACAAACAAAUAGUAGCCGGUUCUCCACCCGAACGUAGCAACAGUUUUAGCGGAAAGGCAUCAUCGCCAUGCGCAAUUUCUCGAAACGGAUCCGGAAAUAGCGCCAGUGGGUAUAGCAGCCUCGCUUCGUCACCAAACACCCGCGGAAAUGGCUUCAGCUUGGCCAGUAUGAGCUGCAGUACGGUGGCGUCCAGUCCAGUGGCCAAUAUACCAGAUGCAGUCACCCAACGUACAAUUUUGGAACAGUUUUUCGAGCGGCGUUUCGUGGAGGGCGAGUUCUGGUACAUCAUCAUCGCCGAAUGGCUGGAACAGUUGAAACGAUUCCUCGGCAUGCAGACCCGCAAGUUCUACCACCAGCAGCGCGUGCAACCCGGACCGAUUUUCACGCGCCGUGACUACGCCCACACCGUUGAUGUAGUGCACGAGGACGCCUGGCGAAUGUUAGUCCAAUGGUACGGCGUGGCCGAAGGUCACAAGCCAAUGAAGCUGGUCGUCUACAACUACAGUCGCGCUCCUGAUCUGGAACACAACCAGAAUUCAUUCAAAGUCAUGUUGUGCAACGCCCUAAUUGAAGAUUUUCAGAUCAUGCGUUUCAGCAAAAUGGAGAAAGUUGGCCAUAUAGAAUGGAAGAUUCGAGAACUGUACAUGAUUCCUUCCACCCAGAAAACCAGACUGUGGGCAAAAGCCGACUGCGACAGCGAGUGGCAGACUCUUUUCUUCAGAGAUAAAUCUAUUGGUAAAUGUCUUGAAAUUGAUUCUGACUUCACCCGUCCCAUUAUCGCUAUGGAGAUCUCCAAUGGCGAUAACGUUUGGCAGAAUAACCCGGAAGGAACCGAAACCAUUGACACUCAACCCUCGGGCCCUCUCUAUCAGCACUGCAUUUUCGAAGAUGUUACGAGCACGUGGGAGAUCGAUAUACAUGACCAGAUCGAUAAUCUUGGCAAAGACUUUAUGGAGAAGCUUCAUUUGAAUUUCAGCGCGUUUGUGCAACGGGCCAAAGAUUAUGUGGACAUUCGGGAGAACCAGUUGCGCGACAGAGAGAGAUUGGUGACCGAACGAGAAACCAGCGUCGAGAUGAGGAUGGAUAAGGUCACCGAAAAAGAAGAGGAAUUAAGCAAAGAUGAAAUGGCACUGAAGAAGAAAAUGCAAGACUUUGAAUCUUAUCAGAAAUGUAUUGAGAAGACAUUCGCUGAAAAGGUUGAGAAUAAGGAAGAGUCUUUGAAGCAAAAAAUCGAAGAAUUUGAGAAGAACAAAAAGGAAUUCGAAGAAGAACAGGAGAGAUUCCGUGACGAAUUAAAACGUAUGGCUGAAAUGAACAAAAUCCAAGACAACCGGAUAAAACUAGAUAUCGGUGGAAUUCAGUUUACUACGUCGUUGCUUACUCUCAGAAAAGACAUGACAUCUAUGUUGGCAGCCAUGUUUAGUGGACGCCAUCUUCUCAAAACAGAAAACGACGGGAGUUAUUUCAUCGACCGCGAUGGCACCCAUUUCCGAUACAUCUUGAACUACUUGAGAGACGGAGGUUUGAAAGAAGGCACCCUACCAAUGACGAACGAAACUGCACUCAAAGAACUUCUUAUCGAAGCCGAAUAUUAUCAGUUGAUUGAUCUCAUAGACUGUCUCCAGAAUAUUCUGCAGAAGAAAGAAGACAGAUAUACAAAUGAGAAAGAAACGGAAAAUGUGAAAGACGAAGAAAAAGAAAAAGAAACAGAGACAAUUGAAUAAAUUGUGGGGAAAAUAACAAAAAAAAAACAAAACAAACAAAAACAGAUAAAAAUUAAAGAAAUUUCUGCAGAGAAUAAGCUUGCUUUGAUGAAGGUAAAAACCUUUAAGAAAUGUUUGUGAAAAUGAAACAAACAAAAAGCAAUAAAAAAGCCGAAACAAUA